AUGGCGGGGCUCGAGGAGAUCAAGAAUGAGGCAAUCGAUCUGGAGAACAUCCCCAUCGAGGAGGUCUUCCAGAGUCUCAAAUGCAGCAGGCAAGGCCUCUCCUCGGAGGAGGCCGAGGCGCGCCUCGCCGUCUUCGGCCCCAACAAGCUGGAGGAGAAGAAGGAGAGCAAGAUUCUCAAGUUCCUCGGGUUCAUGUGGAACCCGCUCUCGUGGGUGAUGGAGGCGGCGGCGAUCAUGGCCAUUGCUCUGGCCAACGGGGGCGGCAAGCCGCCGGACUGGCAGGACUUCGUCGGGAUCGUGUUCCUGCUGCUCCUCAACUCCUCCAUCUCCUACUGGGAGGAGAGCAACGCCGGGAGCGCAGCCGAGGCGCUCAUGGCCAACCUCGCGCCCAAGGCCAAGGUUCUCCGCGACGGCCGCUGGAGCGAGCAGGACGCCGCCGUGCUCGCCCCGGGGGACAUCAUCAGCAUCAAGCUCGGCGACAUUAUCCCCGCCGACGCCCGCCUGCUCGAGGGCGAUCCGCUCAAGAUCGACCAGUCGGCGCUCACCGGCGAGUCCUUGCCCGUGACCAAGGCGCCCGGCGACAGCAUCUACUCGGGCUCCACGUGCAAGCAGGGGGAGAUCGAGGCCGUCGUCAUCGCCACCGGCGUGCACACCUUCUUUGGCAAGGCGGCGCACCUCGUCGACAGCACCAACCAGAUGGGCCACUUCCAGAAGGUGCUCAAGGCCAUCGGCAACUUCUGCAUCGCCGCCAUCGCCAUCGGCAUCGUCAUCGAGGUCAUCGUCAUGUACGCCAUCCAGCACCGCAGGUACCGUGACGGCAUCGACAACCUCCUGGUGCUCCUCAUCGGUGGCAUCCCCAUCGCCAUGCCCACGGUGCUCUCGGUCACCAUGGCCAUCGGCUCGCACCGGCUGGCGACGCAGGGUGCCAUCACCAAGCGCAUGACCGCCAUCGAGGAGAUGGCCGGCAUGACCGUGCUCUGCAGCGACAAGACGGGCACGCUCACUAUCAACAAGCUCAGCGUCGACAGAGGCCUCAUCGAGAUCUUCGUCAAGGGAGUGAACGCCAACGAAGUCAUCCUUCUCGCCGCCAGGGCCUCGAGGGUCGAGAACCAGGACGCCAUCGAUGCUGCCAUGGUUGGCAUGCUCGGUGACCCCAAGGAGGCUAGGGAAGGCAUCAAAGAGGUGCACUUCCUUCCCUUCAAUCCCGUCGACAAGCGCACGGCCCUCACCUACAUCAACCUCGCCGACAACAGCUGGCACCGCGUCAGCAAGGGCGCUCCUGAGCAGAUCAUAACCCUGUGCAAGUGCAAAGAGGAUGUCGUAGACAAGGUUCACGCCAUCAUCGACAAGUAUGCUGAGCGAGGCCUAAGAUCUCUCGCCGUCGCCAGACAGGAACUGCCGGAGAAGUCUAAGGACAGCCCCGGCGGUCCAUGGCAGUUCGUGGCCCUGCUGCCCCUUUUCGACCCGCCGAGGCAUGACAGUGCAGAAACCAUCAAGAAGGCGCUCAACCUGGGCGUCAAUGUUAAGAUGAUCACCGGUGAUCAGCUCGCCAUUGCCAAGGAGACGGGCAGGAGGCUGGGGAUGGGCACCAACAUGUACCCCUCGUCGGCGCUGCUCGGGCAGUGCAAAGAUGAAGCCAUUGCCUCCAUCCCUAUCGAUGAUCUGAUCGAGAAGGCCGAUGGCUUUGCCGGCGUCUUCCCUGUGUCGAUAACAAUCCGUAUUGUGCUCGGGUUCAUGCUGAUCGCGCUGAUCUGGAAGUUUGAUUUCUCGCCGUUCAUGAUCCUGGUCAUUGCCAUCCUCAACGACGGCACGAUCAUGACCAUCUCCAAGGACAGGGUGAGGCCAUCUCCGCAUCCAGACAGCUGGAAGCUGAGCGAGAUCUUCGUCACCGGCGUCGUCUACGGCACCUACCUCGCUGUCAUGACCGUCAUCUUCUUCUGGGCCAUGCGCAGCACCGACUUCUUCACGAACACGUUCGGCGUGAGGUCGCUGCACGGCAGCCGGGAGGAGAUGAUGUCGGCGCUGUACCUGCAGGUGAGCAUCAUCAGCCAGGCGCUCAUCUUCGUGACGCGCUCCCGCGGCUUGUCCUUCACGGAACGCCCCGGGUUCCUCCUCUGCGUCGCCUUCGUCGUCGCCCAGAUCAUUGCCACCCUUAUCGCGGUCAUUCCCACCAUCGGGUUCGCGCACAUCCGGGGCAUCGGAUGGGGUUGGGCGGGCGUGAUCUGGCUCUACAGCGCCGUCACCUUCCUGCCGCUGGACGUGUUCAAGUUCGCCAUCCGGUACGCGCUGAGCGGCAAGGCGUGGGACACGGUGUUCGAGCACAAGAUCGCCUUCACCACCAAGAAGGACUACGGGCGGGAGGAGCGGGAGGCGCAGUGGGCCACGGCGCAGCGCACCCUGCACGGCCUGCAGACGCCCGAGCUGGCCGGCAGCAUCCUCAGCGACCGCACCAGCUACCGCGAGCUCUCCGAGAUCGCCGAGCAGGCCAAGCGCCGCGCCGAGGUGGCCAGGCUCAGGGAGCUCAGCACGCUCAAGGGACAGAUGGAGUCCGUCGUCAAGCUCAAGGGCCUCGACAUGGAAGGCGUCCAGCAGCACUACACCGUGUGA